AUGGCAAGCUCACAACCGCGACCUAAGCGGGCGGGCGAAGAUUACGCCCGCACCCACCACGAAGAUGACUCCGAAGAACCUUCCAAGAAACCCCGGUUCGACCUUCGCAAUCCCUCGGCUCUCGCGCCUGACGCUCUUGAAGAAGAUGCUGUUUUAGAUGCCGAUGAGAUCGGUCGGCGUGGUCAACAGGUGCGCCGCAAAGCGGUCAAUCUCGACGGUUACGACUCGGACAGCGACAAUGAGGGGUUCUCCGCGCGCAUGGAGGAAAAGUCCAAGCGCGAGCGCGAGAAACACGACGCCGAGGACGACGAUAUGUUUGCGGAGCUACAAGAAGAUUUUGGCGAGGAGGAAAUCGACGGCGACGAAGCGAUCCGCAAAAACAAAAAGAAUGUUCGGUUCUUACGAGACGACGAGAUCGAGGGCCAGGUCGCUUCCUCGAAAGGUGGAAAAACAUUACAUGCGGACCUGAGCAAAGGCCCCGAUACGAUUGAUGCCGAGGAUGAUGAGAGUGACAGCGAUGUUGGGGAGGAGGAGCGCGCCAAGGUCGACGAGGAAGUCGACGAAGAACUCGGCGCGGGCGGCAAGAAGAAGCAUGCGCCUUUGCUUGAUGCUUUCAACAUGAGCGCGGAGCAAGAGGAGGGACGGUUUGAUGACCAGGGCAACUUCGUGCGCAAAGCAGUGGACCCAGAUGCAGUCCAUGACUCCUGGUUGGAAGGAGUAUCCAAGAAAGAUAUCCGGAAGGCGAAAGAGGCCGCCGAGAAACGCGAUGCUGAAAGGAAAGAAAAAGAUCGCAGGGACGAUGGCCUUUUGACGGCCGAUGUCCUCAAAACCAUCAUCACGCAUCUCGAGCGCGGCGAAACGAUAUUGGAAGCUCUGGCUCGACUAGGGAAGGGUCUACACCGGAAGCCUAAGUGGCAGAACAAGAAGAAGAACAAAAAGAACCACGGCGCCGAGGAUGUUGAAAUGGCCGAGGAGAACCCGGAUGAGGUCAACAGGAGGGAGGCGAUCGACUCCAUUACCGGUGCCGCUGAUAUCCUCAUGGGUCGAGGCCAACCAGAGAUCUACCACACAGAGCGUGAGCUUUUAACAAGGCAAUACCGCAACGAGACUGGCGAAAACUGGGUAGACCCGCCUUCGAUAUCGACCGGGAAAUCUGAGCAGGGGCCGGUGAUGUGGGAGUAUCGCUGGUCCGACGCUCGGGAUGGAGGAGAUGCCCAUGGACCCUACGAUGGCAGCAUGAUGGACUCAUGGAAAACUGCAGGCUACUUUGGUGAGGGCGUAGAGUUCCGCCGAGUUGGAGAUACAGGAGCAUGGAAUAGCACCGUGAACUUCGUAUAA